GACCAGCUCGGUAUAAAUACCUUGCUCCCACUGCCCUGGGAAGCAGCAGCUGCCACUCAGACAGGCAGACAGACUCACCAACUAAGGAUAUACGAGGACAGUGCUGGGACAGAACCUUACCGAUUUCCCCCAAUUUUUCCUUGGAGAGCAAACCUUCAAGGUUUAGCUUCAAAAGAUGGACUUGAGGGUAACGAGCCUCCUUCUUGUCCUCCUGGCCUUGGCUGAGGCGACCCCUGAAAGGUACUAUAGCCCCAAAGUGAAAAAGACUCCGUACCAAGCCCCCGUCAAGAGCCAGCCUGUCAAAGGACACCCAGGACCAGCGGGUGCUCCUGGUAAGCCAGGACCAAUGGGACCGCCCGGGCCUCCUGGAGAAAAUGGCGUUGGACACACAGGACCAAGGGGCCCUCCAGGACCUCCUGGAGCACCUGGCCACUCCCAAGUAGGUAAACCUGGUACCCCAGGUGGCCCUGGAAAACCAGGUGCUCCUGGCAUUCCUGGAGACAGAGGUGCCCCCGGUGCAACUGGACCAAUGGGUGCUCGAGGACCCACAGGUCCAUCAGGAACCCCUGGACCUGCUGGACUUUCUGCUGUUGGAAAAUCUGGACCAGCUGGACUCCCUGGUGCAAUGGGUCCAAGAGGAGAGCCUGGCUUGAAGGGACACCCCGGUAUCCCUGGUAUUCCUGGUCUCAAAGGAGAAAGAGGCAUUGGUGUUCCGGGUGUACAAGGACCAGCAGGUCCAGUGGGGCCAAUGGGCCCAAGUGGUAUGCCUGGCAAAGCAGGAGUUGGUCAGCCUGGUACCCCUGGCUAUCCUGGGGAACCCGGUAAGGCUGGUACACCAGGAAGAGAUGGAGCUCCUGGGCCAGCAGGUCCAUCAGGGUUGAAGGGUCAUACUGGGCCUCCAGGCAUAGGAGCACCAGGAAAGGCAGGCCAGAAUGGUACCCCAGGUAUGACUGGACCUACUGGGCCUAAGGGUCCACAGGGUCCUGCUGGUCAGCCAGGCUCCCCUGGCAUGCCAGGUGUUGGGAAAACUGGUGAACCAGGAAUUCCAGGAAGCAGAGGAGCCCCCGGUACUCCAGGAACUACUGGUCAGAAGGGAGAGCCAGGCCCAACUGGAUUUACCGGUCAGCCUGGUGGUCCUGGUCCUAUUGGCCCAGCUGGGCCACAGGGUGCAAGAGGAUUCCAGGGUGAGCCAGGUCCUGUAGGACCCAAAGGUGAUAUUGGAAUGGUAGGUGCACCAGGGCCAAGAGGAACCAAAGGUGAGCAGGGAGCUCAUGGUUUAACUGGAAAACCAGGUACUCCCGGAGCAGUAGGUCCCCCAGGAAUUCCAGGUCAUAAUGGUGCUCAGGGACCAAAGGGUUCACAAGGUGCUGCUGGCUUCCCAGGAUCUCCUGGGGCAAAUGGACUGCCUGGAGCAAAAGGACACACAGGUCCCUCUGGAGCACCAGGUAAAAGUGGUGAAUCUGGAAUGCCAGGACCUAUGGGACCAAUUGGUCCCACUGGUCCAUCAGGCCUCCCUGGACACAAGGGCCAUCCAGGUGCUCCUGGUAAACCUGGUCAACCUGGCCCAGCAUCUAUAGCAGUUGCUGGUCCUAUGGGUGCUCCUGGACUUCCAGGUGAGAGAGGUCAAGAUGGUCGCCCUGGGCCUGCUGGUCCACCUGGUCUACCUGGUCCACCAGGAGAGGUGGUCUACCACCAUGAGAAGAGCAUGCCAGUCAAGUCCCAUGAGGUUGUAGUGCCCCAUGAAAUGAUGAAGGCUCCCAUGUCUGCCUUUAGUGCCAUGCUAACCACCGCCUAUCCUUCAGCUGGAGCCCCUAUCGCAUUCAGCCAGGUUUUGUACAACGGGGAAAACCAUUACGACCCCAGCACAGGUGUGUUCACCUGCCAGAUCCCAGGCCUGUACUAUUUCAGCUUCCAUAUUCAUGUCAAUGGUGCCAAUGCACUGGUGGCCCUUUACCAAAACGACCAGCCUCUUGUCUUCAUCUAUGACGAGUACAACCAGGGCUUCCUAGACCAGAUGGCAGGCAGUGCUGUCCUCAUGCUGUAUACAGGCGACAGAGUCUAUGUCCAGAUCCCCGAUGAGGAGAGCAGUGGUGUAUUUGCUGCAGACAAUGUUCACUGCGGUUUCUCUGGGUUCUUAAUUGCCUCAACGUGAUUUCACAAAUCCCAAUAAAUCUAACAAGCGUACAACACAUUGAACUACUCAGAAGAAUAGAUCAGUUUACAACAUUCAUAAUUAAGAUUGUACAUUGGCUGAAAGUUGUACAAGUUUAACUGCCUCGUUCAUAUCUUCAAAUGUUUUCAAUUUACUAACAAAUUAACUUGAUUGACUGUGACGUAUAUGCUGACUAAAGUUUUAGGAGUCAAAUUAAUCCCUUUAUCCUGUGUGUGUCUUAGCAAUUGUCAGAAACAUGGAACAAUAUUGUAAGAUAUCUUAAGUGGUGCUCUACAACUGCCUGGAACAUUUACAACAUGUUGUUUUGGUUUUUUUUUUAUUAUUAUUUGUGUUUGUUUUUAUCAAUGUCUGUUGUCUAAGCGGUUUUCCUGAAUUAUACAUACAAAACAUACACAAAACUGUUGUAAUAUAUGUUAUUAGAGAUCAAGACAUUCUCACAACCACCAAAAAAAACUGAGAUGAGAAAUUGAAACUAUUCUUUCUUUUUUAAACUAUAUCCCAUUGGAUGUGUUAAGUUAUGUACCACUUACGGACCAAAACAUGGAAUAAAAGUUCGACUUUGAAAAAUA